AUGCCAAAAGAAGAAGAAGGAGACGAGCAGCCAUGUUCUUGUGGGGAAUCUUGGAUCCUUGCUCAGUUUGAUUUGUCUUCAUCAGCUCUUUCUCCUGAUCAGUAUUAUCACCAACCCUACCCUUCACCAAGGAAGGUUGGUCCUCUCCACAGAACAGCCUCGUUUCAGUCCCCCAGAGCCUCUGUGUCAUUCGCAGGUCCACGUCAAGAAGAAGAAGACAGAGAUGAUGUUUAUAAAGACGACAAGAGAUUUGUUCACACAGUUUCCUUAAAUGGCAUUUUGGUUAUUGUUACGUUUGAUUUUGCAGGCAAUAUUAUCGACAACGAUCAUCAUCAACAGCUCAUUAACGGCUCAGAAAAUAACUCGGCGGCGGCUGCGUCGUCGAGAUGGAAUCCUACGCCGGAGCAGAUCACAGCGCUGGAAGAGAUAUACAGAAGGGGAACACGGACGCCUACGACAGAACAAAUCCAACAGAUAGCAUCUAAGCUCAGUAAGUAUGGCAGAAUCGAGGGCAAAAACGUUUUCUAUUGGUUUCAGAACCACAAGUCUAGAGAGAGACUUAAGCGACGCCGUUGUGAAGGAGAUAAUGAUAUUAACAGCGUUCAUGAACCACUUAAAGACGUCAAGGAUUCAUCAUCAGGUGGUUAUCGAGUUGAUCAGACAAAGAUCUAUGCAUCUUUUCCACACACAAACCAACAACCACAGAAUGAAUUAGUUCUGCCUAAUCUAAUCAAUAAUGAAGAUCACUGUCAGACUGAAGAAUCAGAAAGGGCAUCGGAUGCAGGCAAAGAAGCCAUGUGUGGAAAUCUUGUUGCUUCAUUCGUAAAUCAAGAACCAGGAGAGAUUAAUAUCGAAGAAGAUGGAUACAAUGUCAGGGGAGAAGUACAAGAAGAAGAAGAAGAAGAAGAAGAAGAAGAAGAAGAAGAAGAAGAAGAAGAAGAAGAAGAAGAAGAAGAAGAAGAAGAAGAAGAAGAAGAAGAAGAAGAAGAAGAAGAAAGAAGAAGAGAAGAAGAAGAAGAAGAAGAAGAAGAAGAAGAAGAAGAAGAAGAAGAAGAAGAAGAAGAAGAAGAAGAAGAAGAAGAAGAAGAAGAAGAGAAGAAGAAGAAGAAGAAGAAGAAGAAGAAGAAGAGGAAACAAGGGAGAUCCGAACUUUAAAUCUCUUCCCCGUACUGGAGAACCAAGAGAAAACCGACUGGUUUGCAGAGAAGAAGAAAGCAAAUGCAAACCGAAUGUGUUACAACUAUCGUUACUACUAUGAGUUCAUGCCUUUGAAGAAGAACUAAACCAGAACCCAUGUGUUAGUAAUAAAUUUGAUAAUGGAUUUAGUGAAGUAUUUUUUUUGUUGUUUGUCGAGAAAUGGGUAAGUGAUGUCUGGAGAGGGAGAGAUGAAGACGUGUAGUAAAUGUUAGUAGGGUUUGAAGUUAUAAGGUUAUUUUAAAAAGGUUUCUAGGGUUUUGGAGAAUCAUGAUUAUUUAUUACCCGAAUGUGAAGUUGGACCAUGUUGGUAGUUGGGUCUGGAACUCGAACAAUAAUACAAUAUCGAUAUAUCUGAAAGUGAAAGAUUGCGGUGAUCUAUUGUCAAUGUAAAGUAUUCUUCACAUGCUUUCUCUUGUUCUUCUGCAACAUUUAAUAAGACUAUGUGAGAGAGAUAUUCGAUGCUGACAUUGCACUGUGUUUAGAAUCUCUUUAGAUUUUUUCAGUGAGUUUAGCAUAUGUGCGGUUUAUUAGCAGAAAAGGUGAGUGGCAAGUGAUUGGAACCUAACAUUUGACUUUUGAUAGAAUGAAAGACAAAUAAUCUUUUAUUGUUUUUGCUUAUUUCUCAUAUAUCAUACACAUUGUGUUUUUAAAAAACUACCAAGAGAUAAAGAGAUGCUCAAAAUAAACUUUAAUACAUGAAUCAAAAGGUCUUAAGCUUAUGUCUAUUAUAUAGUU